GUUCGUGGACAAGAUGAACUUCCUUCAGGCUGGCUCCUUACUGGAAACCUCAAUUCUACGAGAAUGAAAACCUUCUUGGCCUGCCUUCUUGUUCUUUCUGCUAGCGUGGCAGUGUCCAAUGCUGCUUGUUACUUUCAACCAUUGAAGCCAGUGAAUCCUGGUGAUGAGAUCAAAGGCUGCUAUGACUCAAAGGGAGAGUUGCAUGAAUUUGGUUCCGAGUGGAAGACUGCGGACUGCCUUGAGUGCUCCUGUUCCAGGGAUGGAAUCGGCUGCUGCUCCACCUAUUCAACACCAGUUGGUUAUGAUGAAGAGAAAUGUGUAAGCAUUUUCAACAAGGAGACCUGCACUUAUGAAGUAGUGGAGAAAAACGAUCACUCAAAGACAUGCCCGGUAUACGAGAUGGUGGGCUAACACAAAAGAGUGCAGGAUUUGGGCUUUUUUUUUUUUUUUUCCAUUUCAAGGCUUCUUUCUCACAAAUUCAAAAACACUGAGAAAUGCAGCCAUCAAGUGAAAUCUACUCAAAAACUUCCUAAGUGAUAAAAUUGAGUAUGUACGCACAAAAGAUUUCCUCAGUUUCUCUGCCUUCCUCUUCUCCAUGCAGUUAGAAUUUAUACCUUCCUUGACAUCUGAAAUUAAAGCUGACUUUAAGUAUCAUCAGUAGCUGCU